CUCAAGAGCUGGAUACUUCUUCCUCACAUACCUUCGUUCCUUGUCCCGUGCCCAGUGCUUGCUCGCCUUCUCACAAUAUACUUAACUUGACCAGAGUUGACCUCCCUUGGCCAUUUGCAUAAAUCCGAAGCUGGUCUAUACGAAACCUUGUUGCACUGAGCCUCGUCACCAGUCGCCCGUUACACGUCAUCCCUUGUGAUUCGCGAGUCGAUCCGCUAUCCGAUACCGUGGUUUUAUUACUACCCCCCUUACUAUCUGCCUUGCAUUGUCGCCGACAGUUGCACCUAUCUAUACCGACCCUCCUCGACAAACUUCGCACGCUUGUCACCUCCACCUCAUUAUUGCUUGAGAACAGCAAUCACUCCACAAACUCAGACUUAAUCAACUACCAAAUCACCCCACGGGAAUCCCGCCUUCACCACCAAGAUGCCUUCAUCAACCCGCACCAACCGUUUCCAAUCCUUCACCCCUCUCCGCAGCACAUCCGGCUCUCUCCGCCGCCUCAAGACGGCCUUCAGCCCUACCCGCAACUCGAUGCGCUCGGCAUCACCUUCUUCCAUUAUGACGACAUCAACCACAGAGCCUCUGACGCGCAACUCAUCGCCUCACAGCCACCGCAGCGCCAGCUCCGACUCGUCGUCCAUCAGCCAAAUGCUCGCCAUGCAUCACAAGCCCAGCGUCCUCGAGUUUGAAAUGCAAGAGGAAAAGGACCUGUUCGAGCAAGGCCUCAAUGUCCUCGAGCCGCGACCCAGUCUGAGCCGUGGCGCGAGUGAAGUGCACGUCGUGGGCAUCUUCGAGGUCCUAGAUGGCAAGUGCUAGAUGCAUGCAUGUCUACUUUGGUUUACCACUCUCGAUUGAUGCUGGUUUUGGGGUUUAUGUUACAUGCGGCUAUGCCCUCUCAUCUUUUUGCGAAUGAUUGGUGUCUUGGGUCUACCUGCUUGCUUGCUUGCUCAUUCACUUCUACACUUUCUACACUUUUCUUCAAAACUUUCAUAUAGGGGGAAGACUAUUUUUUUUACCGGCAACGGGCGGAUUGGCGUUUUUAAACCUGCGCCCCCAUCCCACCGACAAGGGAGGGGAGCUAACGAUGGCGCGUGUUUGUGUCUGCGUGUGUGUUUCCUUGUACACAUUUUUCUUUUUCAGUUUGCACGACCAUCAUAAAGGACGUUGGAAUAUUACGGCCUUUAUAUGCACCUGAUUGGACUGGAACUCUGGAACAGGGGGAUUGAUGGAUUGAUCAUCUUCUUUAUCACGCUGAGAUGUGGAUAUGAAUAGACUGCUUGCUUAUACGA